UUGGCUCCAAGUGUUCACCGGGAACCGGAGCGAAAGAAACGCCACGAUCCUCACCCGGUGCGACCGAACGUCAUGUCGCUGUUGGCCACCUCGCUGCGCCGCAUCCCCCGCCCGAGCGGCGCCGCCCGCAUGGCCCGCCGCUGCCUGGGCGACAGCGUCACCGGCCCCGGAUCGACCGACUUCGCUGGCAACCUGCCGCAUCUGAGGAAUUUCUUCAUGAAGCCGGCGGUGUCCUACGGAGAGUUCAAGCAGCAGUGCAUUGCCGUGAGGCUCUUUGCCUUCGUGGGCACCUGCAGCUUUUGCGUGCUCUCCUUGAUCAUGUCUCCCCCGAAGUCCUCCUAUUGGAUCCGGUACUCACCUAGCUAUGCCUUCGCUUAUAUCAGGGACGGCAUCGUCGGCUCAUCGCCACCUCUCUUCCUCACUGAGAAGAUCGAGCGUGACACCGAUGUGCCCGAGAUCGCCAAGGAGUUGAUCGCCACGCGCCGUCUCUUGAGCGGUGGCAGCGACAGCGAGGAGGAACACUGAGACCUGAGUGACGCCGCAGCCUGACGCCGCCAGACAAGAGUAUAUGCUUCUGUCUGCAUUUUGAGGGCUUUUUUUGUGACCUGUGACUGACUCGGGCGGACGAAUGGCACCUUGAUUAUGUUGGCGAAAAGAGCGAGCGAGUGGACUUUUGUGCAUUUGAACUCGGUUUUGGAAGCGAGGCAAAACAAGUAGCAGCUCAGAAAAGGCUUGAGACUGGGGUAGACAGAUUCAC